AUGAAGACUGUUGAGGCCGCAGAGGUGUAUAGCGGACUCUGCUGCGUGGUGGAAAUGUCCACAGUGAGGCAGAAAAUUAAUCCGUUGAUAGCCGAACGGGAUGCGCUGCGGGAUCGCCGCCAGAAGGCCGACAGCCAGCUGAAGAGUAUUCAACUGGACAUGCUGCAAUUGAGCGAGGACAAGAAUCUCAAACAGGAAUGUGAUCGGCUGAAGGAGGACAACUGGUGCAUGUCCACGAAACGGGAGACAGCGGAUGCGAUCCGCCUGGAGCUGGAUCGGCACCAAGGCCUCUUGGUGGCUGCCCAAACGGAGGUGGAUCGACUGACCCAACCGCACGCAGAGACCUCACACGAGAAGGAUGUGCUCAGCUACGAACUGCAGCAGCAGCGCGAACAAUUCGCCAAGCUCAAGCAAAGUCUACAGAGCGUCCAGUUCAAUGCAGAGCAGCAGGCCAAAAGGCUGGCGUCGGAGAAGAACAGUCCUUGUUCACAUCCACAUAGUGUGAUGGAUGUCGGCAGCAAUCGAAGGAUCUACCGGACACUGCGCGAGGAGAAGAAGUGGGCGGAGCAGUGGAAUUCCCAUCUGGAGUCUAAGCUGAAGCAGCUGCUCCAGUGCAAGCAGCUCAAUGAAAAAUGCGCCCAUAGCGGCGAGCUGCUGUAUAGGAAACAGAUCGACUUCGACAAAAUCACAAAGCGAUACAACGCCCUGGAGUCGGACUUUGAGGUCAUGCUGCUGGAGAAGGAGGUCAAGAUACAUGAGCUGAAGGGCUCGCUCGAACUGGCCCAGAGUCAGUACAUCAAGCUGCCGGAGGCCAGGCGGGCGACCUUGGAGCACAGCAAUGCCCAGCUGAAUAGGCACAUGGAGGGGACCCUGGCUGAGCUCAGUUCGCUCGAUGAUCUUUUGCUCAAGAUUAAUAUGACUCGCGUGGGCCUCAGUCGCGCUGAUCGCAAUGGCCAACUCAAUGAGGAGCUGCCUCGGGCUAUGGGCAGUCCCCAAAGCCAGACAGAUGAUUUUAUCAAUCUGCAGAAGCAACUGGACGAGCGGAAGAAGGAACUGCUCCUGCUGCCCGAACGGGAUGCGCUGCGGGAUCGCCGCCAGAAGGCCGACAGCCAGCUGAAGAACUGGACUGAACUGGACAUGCUGCAAUUGAGCGAGGACAAGAAUCUCAAACAGGAAUGUGAUCGGCUGAAGGAGGACAACUGGCGAAUGUCCACGAAGUGGGAGACAGCGGAUGCGCUCCGCCUGGAGCUGGAUCGGCACCAAGGCCUCUUGGUGGCAGCGCGAACAAUUCGCUAA